GGGAAGCAGAGCGGCGGGCCAUGGCAGGCUCCACGCUCAGGUUUUCGCUGCUGCUGGCGGCAGCGUUCGCUGGGCGGGCGACGGCCCUGUGGCCUUGGCCCCAGUACAUUCAGACCUCUGAGCUGCGGUACACCAUCUUCCCGCACAGCUUCCAAUUCCAGUACCAUCUCAGUUCGGCCGCGCAGGUGGGCUGCUCCGUCCUCGACGAGGCCUUCCAACGCUACCGUGACCUGCUCUUCGGUUCUGCGGCUUUCCGUUUUCCCCACCCCAUAGAAAAACGGCAUACAUCAGAGAAGAAUUCAUUGGUGGUCCUUGUCGUCACUCCUGGAUGUGACCAGUUUCCAUCUUUGGGGUCUGUAGAGAACUACACACUGACCAUAAAUGAUGAGCAGUGUCUCCUCCUCUCUGAGACUGUCUGGGGCGCCCUGCGAGGUCUGGAGACAUUUAGCCAGCUUAUUUGGAGAUCUCCUGAGGGCACGUUCUAUGUCAACAAGACGGAUAUUGAGGACUUCCCGCGCUUCCCUCACCGGGGCUUGUUGCUGGAUACAUCUCGCCAUUACCUGCCACUGUCUAGCAUCCUGGACACUCUGGAUGUCAUGGCAUACAAUAAAUUCAACGUUUUCCACUGGCAUCUGGUCGAUGACUCUUCUUUCCCGUAUGAGAGCUUCACUUUUCCAGACCUCACCAAAAAGGGGUCCUACAACCCUGCUACCCACAUCUACACAGCGCAGGAUGUGAAGGAGGUGAUUGAAUAUGCGAGGCUUCGGGGUAUCCGGGUGCUGGCAGAAUUUGACACUCCUGGCCACACUCUGUCCUGGGGGCCAGGUGUCCCUGGAUUACUAACUCCUUGCUACUCUGGGUCUCACCCCUCUGGCACCUUUGGGCCAGUGAAUCCGGCUCUCAACAAUACCUACGAGUUCAUGAGCACAUUCUUCUUGGAGAUCAGUACUGUCUUCCCAGACUUUUAUCUGCACCUGGGAGGAGAUGAGGUGGAUUUCACAUGCUGGAAGUCCAACCCAGAUAUCCAGGCCUUUAUGAAGAAGAAAGGCUUUGGCGAUGACUUCAAGAAGCUGGAGUCCUUCUACAUCCAGACGCUACUGGACAUUGUCUCUGCCUAUGGCAAGGGCUACGUGGUGUGGCAGGAGGUGUUUGAUAAUAAAGUAAAGGUUCGGCCAGACACAAUCAUCCAGGUAUGGCGAGAAGAGAUACCAGUAAAAUAUGUGAAGGAGAUGGCACUGGUCACCAGCGCUGGCUUUCGGGCCCUGCUCUCUGCCCCCUGGUACCUGAACCAUAUAACUUAUGGCCCUGACUGGAAGGAGAUCUACCUGGUGGAGCCCCUGGCAUUUGAAGGUAGCCCUGAGCAGAAGGCCCUGGUGAUUGGCGGAGAGGCCUGUAUGUGGGGAGAGUAUGUGGACAGCACAAACCUGGUCCCCAGGCUCUGGCCUAGAGCAGGGGCUGUUGCCGAGAGGCUGUGGAGCAACAAGAUGGUGUCCAACCUGGACUUUGCCUUUAAACGUCUGGCACACUUCCGCUGUGAGCUGCUGAGGCGUGGUGUCCAGGCCCAGCCCCUCAGCGUAGGCUACUGUGACAUGGAGUUUGAACAAACCUGAGCAAGUAGCCCCCGGCACCAAGGAGGGUCCUGGCCCUAGGAGAGUGGAAGCGGGGCCAGGCUUCCACUGCACCCCGCCCGGGGGAUGGAGCCCCUUGGCCACGUGCCCCUGUGCCUAGAGACAAGGGGCCUGGUGCUGGCAGUGGCGUCCAAUAAAGAGUGAUGUGGCAUUUUUCUGUAACAAACAUGGAUUACCUGUGUGGAAACAAAUGUGAGUGGCCCUAGGGAAGGGGAACUGCCAGCACUGGCCUUCUGCUCCUAAGGGUGAUAGGCUCAGUGGGGCCCAGGCAGCCUGGGCUCAGUAUCUGCCCCUGGAGGGAUCUUACAAGUUGAGGGCUGGGAACGAAACUUGUAUCCUCUGUGCUGUCCUACCCUGCCUGAGUUUUGAUGCCUCUCCUAGCUCACCAGAGUCCAGACACACACCCCAUCCUUAGACUCAUCACCUGGACCCCUGAGGCUUCUGUGCAUGGAACAUGACAGCACAGGGGACCAAAGGAGUCCCGGGAAGCGGCAGGGGCCCCAGCCUCAACCUGGCCACAGAACAGCUCCUCCCCCUUGCACACUCACUGACUUCCCUCCCCUAGAGCUUUUCUUCUGCUUUAGGUUUCUUGUUACUUCCAUUUCAUGCAACCAUUAUUAAAUACUGAACACAGACUAUGAUCUUGGCACUAUGGUAGGUGGUUAAAUUUGAAAGACUUAGUCCCCAGGGGCCGUGGUCCACUCCCCGAAAUGCCAGCAACCUCCACCCCUCCUCCCACCCAUUUUCAGUCCAGUAGCAUCUUCUCAGAGAACUGCUGACACAGCUGAGACAAUGUGAGGAAAGCCCCUGGAGGACCAAGAGGUGGGUAUGUGGCUCUGGAAGAGUCUGCACCGGUGACCAGGCUGCCAUAGGAAGAAAUGGCUCAUCAUGGACCCAGCCUGCCCCCUAAUGGCAUCAUGUUCAGAAGUGACAGUGCAGCCCAGAGUCCGGGCCCGCAGUGCACAGCAGCUGUUUCAGGUGUGGAUUUCUGUGACCGUUUUUAAGUUAUUUCCCCUGGUCCUGGGCUGGAAGGACAAUGGAGAGGCACAAACAUUUCUUUCAGAAAGUUUCCAAUCUAGUGGAUACAGGCAGUUGGGGAAGGCAGGGCUGAAAAGGCAUCUUAGUAAAGUUUGGUCCUUCAAUAGCAUCCUGCAGUCCCUCGAUCAUGCGCCUUUGGGGAACUGACUGAAUGUGCACCAGUCAGGCCUUCUUGGACUAUUACUAUAGGGACAGGCUGCGCACCUUCUACCUGAAGAAUCCUCUAGGGGAAGCUGAGCUCAGGGCUCUGGCCUGGAGAGAAACAAGUUAAGGCUCCACUAUGUGUGCCUACUAAAAGGAGCGCCCGUACUCUCUCUUACCUGGAGAAACAUUUGGGGAGUUCCCAGGCAAGGACCCUGUAGAAAUGCUGCUAUGCUUCAAGUGCCCCUUCUUGAUCAUAAUUGGAAUAUUGCUAUUGUUUGGUAUAAUAUUUAAUAAAAAGAUCAGACACUAAAUUUUAGGUCUCAAGUCAAUGAAGGAAGAGGCCAUGAAAAUAGCUGUACUAAAGCAGUAAGAUUCUAUGAUUUCUUAUUCCUCUUGUAACAUUUUCUUUAAUGUUGUCAUGUUUUUUACAAAUUAAAAAAAAAUCAGUGUUGUGCUGAUCCCCACCCUCCACCAAUGUAUCUCUGCCCCCCUCCCGCCACCGCCGCCGAUCAUGAGAGCAUUUACCUGAAGGUCAUCAUCCCCAGCCUCCACCAGUGCAUUCCUGGGCCCCCUGAUCAUGAGAGCAUUUACGGGAAGGUCAUCAUCCCUACCCUCCCCCAGUGCAUCUCUGGGCCUCCUGAUCAUGAGAGCAUUUACCUGAAGGUCAUCAUCAGACCCUGAACUGCUGAUAGGAUAGAGGGAGUACCUGUGGAACUGCCCACUCAGUUCCAGUGCCCAGAGUCACUGCUACUGCUCCUCAUCGCCCUUUACCUGUCCCACCCUGCUCAGGGCCAGGCUCCUCUGGCCUGCUUGUGUUCUCUCUACACCACCAGGGGGCGGGGAAAUGCCUAGACUGAUUUCCUGGCUCUAGUUAUCUUUGGGUACAAAGAGGUGGCCCAUGCUCUUCUCUGAGUCUUCUAAGGAUGCAAAGCCUCCCCAGUGGGAAUAUAAGUGAAGGAGCGAAUGGAGGCUGAGAGAACAUUCAGCUCGGCCUCUCUUGGGCAGGAGUUGAGGCAGUGUGCCAGGUGUCCCUCACUUCUUAGAAAGCUGGUGUUUUGAGGUAUACCUCAGUGGACUUCCCUGGUGGCUCAGACGGUAAAGCGUCUGUCUACAAUGCGGGUAGACCUGGGUUCGAUCCCUGGGUCCGGAAGAUCUGCUGGAGAAGGAAAUGGCAAUCCACUCCAGUGCUAUUGCCUGGAAAAUCCCAUGGACAGAGGCGCCUGAUAGGUUACAGUCCAUGAGGGCGCAACGAGUCAGACAUGACUGAGCAACUUCACUUUCACUUUCAGUGGAUUAGUGUAGGGAUAGGAUAGUAGAGGACUUGGGAGCCUGGUUGCUCCAUAGCACUAGUGAUGAGGGACACAGCAAGGGGUGAGGAAAGCUGAGAGAUACUGGGGAAAGGUGAAAAAAGGAUUAUAUGAUAUAGAUUGAAUUGAGUUUAUAUCACUGUAGAUGAACAUACCGAGUGGCAACAUUGCUAGCUCUCUAAAGUUUAGAUUUUUAUAGUUUAUGUCAAUAUCACAUAAGAUCA